UGUACAGCCACAUUUUUGUCUCGACAGUUGAAUCCCUGCACAGUGGUGCUCUCACCGUUUGAAAAUUCUCUGUACAGUUGAUCAUUUGUACAGUUGAACAAGUACGAACGGAGCCCCCCCGGGUAGGUAAGCACCUAUACUCCUAGGAGCUGUAAUGUGUGUCGGUGGAGUCCGGUCUUAUAAUAGCUAACCUAUCGUCCUCAAACCAGUCGGGAAGGUAGCGCUUUCUGCGCCUCAGUAACGAAAAAACGUUUAUUGAAUUUUCGAUACGUUUUCUGCCGUUUCUUCGGUCGUUUUCGAUUUGAAAUUCUGUGAAAAAAGUAUAAAUUAGUUUGAUGUCUAUCCAAUUUUUUCGGUACCAAUUUUAUAAGCUCUAUUUUCAUUCGACUUUUUUGAAGAGAAGAAAAUAAAGAAAAAUUUAUAAAAUCUUUACAAGCUUGAGUCAGCAAAGUUUGCUACAGAAAUGAAAUUCUAUUGGCUUUUUAUACUAGUUCAAUUUUUCUAUCGUUUCGGAUUUUCUAUUAUAAAACUUCGUGCGUGUAACGAAGUGCAUAUUGAGACAAAAUAAACCUUAUCGUACAUGUGAAGAUAAAGUCAUCCGAAUCCCAGGACAGAGACCAGGGACAUGGAAUUACAUAUAUCGUCAAUUUAAACACUAUGCCGAUAAUUCCCUGACAGUUCCGGGUAGACCAUGUUUCCGCUGUGCUUAUCGACGUAACGGAUGUCAAGUUGCCAUUUGGGAAUUGCCGGAUGGUACUGUCAUUGAAAAUGGAAAGACACACCAGCAUGCUCCAGAUGUUGAGGCUAUGCAGCGCAACGAAUUCGUAACAGAGAUGAAUGAGGCUAUUCGUGCCGGGGGGACAUUACAAAGUGUAACGCACCACUUGACUGAGAGAUUCCAUAGCUUGCUAACACAUAAUGCGAUACACCAGAAGGUUCGUCGUGCUAUGCGUCCUACCAGUAUUCCCAUAGAGCUGGAUGAUUUUGCUAACUGCAUAAAAAAUUCCAGUUCUGAGGACAAAUGUGUGUUACAAGAAUCUGUAUUUACUAAAAAUGGGGGUGCGUUAAUUUUUGCAAUACCAGAUGUGAUCUCUACAAUAAAAGCCGAAUCCGACAUCAUCAUCAAUCGUGUCGCGACCGUACUUCCGGAUCCAUGGAAUGCUGACAUCCUUAUUAUUCAUCUUGUCACAAGAAAAGACGACUUAUCCUCGACAUACGGCUGUUUCAUCGCAUAUCUAAAAGGUCCCUCAGAGGAGCUUUAUAAACAAGUUCUUCGAAAGAUUGUGACUCUGGCACCUGCCCUGUUAAGCGUGAAGACGGUGAUGACAAGUGUGGAUGAAGCAUUGCGGAACGCCGUUGGUGCCAUAUUUCCAGAAGCCAGUCUGGGUAUAUUAUGGUGUGAUUUUGUUCGAGCAGUCGUCGAUCUAUGGCAUGACAGCGGAUUGAGUGGCAGCCCCACAAAAAUCCUUCACCAUCUAUGGGUGUUGGGGGCUAUUGGGAAGGACCAUCUCCAAACCGGCCUUCAAUUCGUGGAGAAGGAAAUAAAGCAGUCGAUUGUUGAAUUUCCUAAACUUGGAAUGCUGUUCUAUGUAUUUAAAAUGCAGUGGGAACAGCGUCUUCAGCUAUUGGGUGCUCCCUCACAGGUUCUCCAGUUGAGCAAACGAACCGAGAGCUUCGGUCGUUAUAUUGCUUCUACCUUUGCCUACAACAAAAAUAAUGCAGAAAAGUUAACGAGGAAACUGUGGGCAGGUUUGGAGAUGGAGAUGGUGCUAUUGAAAGCCUUUGAAGGUGAUGAGAACAUCAAAGGGAGAGAUAAAACGGUCCCUCACACCAUCCACACUUCCGAUGUGCUAGCUUUGGAAAAAGCUCUUAAAGAGUAUGAACCGAACAGGGUCAAUUUCGAAAGUUUCUUCCUCAAAUGUUUUCGUCCUUCCCUUUUGACAAAAUUGAGCUUCAUGGGAAAAAUCUCCAUUGUUCCACAAAAUAGGGAAAUGGAGGAAUUGGAACCGGCACCCACAAGCAAAAAAAGUCGGACUGCCAAUGUUCCCGUUACGUCUAGUGGCUACCUCAAGAGGCUCUCCCAUCAGUCCGAUUUUGACGAUUCAGUAGCUCCAUCAAAGGGUGGUAAUAAACGCCGAAAAUUGAAGUUCUCUAGCCGCCAGAUUAAGAAUUUUAAUAAGGGCAUGCCCCAUGGUUCUUUGACAUCUUCCUCUAGUAACCGCGAUGGAAACAAGAGGAUUGAUGAAAAGCAUUCAACAAUUGAAGACACUGGAAAAAGUUCAUCCGACGAAGAAAAGUCGUUGUUCGAAUUCGACGGAUUUAUAUUCCAUGUGACAAGAAAAUAGAUGCCACCUCCGUCGAUGAUAAAACCGAUAAAAUAAGAAAUAUCUAUUAAGUAUUAAGAGUGCAUGGCAUGUAUGGACAGGAAUAAACCGUCUGUCUAUAGCUCUAUUUAGUCUAUAGCAAUAUUUUAUAGUUUAUAAAUUUAUAGUUAAUGUACAGUUAAUUAUAGUUAAUAAAUUAUUUUUAUUAAUAGUGAUUUUAAUCACGUA